AUGCUGCUGCUGCUGCUGCUGCUGCUGCUGCUGCUCCUGCCGGAGGAGGUGACUCAGCUGCUGCAGGCUGUGGCCACGGAGCAGCUCAAGGCAUGGCCAGCAGACGAGGACGAUGUCGAUUCACGCUUGAAGCUCCUCUUCGAUGCUACUGCGCCAGAGCGCUUGGCGAACGUGUCGCAGACCAGGCGGCGCCAGGUCCAUGCCCUCGGGGUGCCCACUGCCAGCCGAAAAAGCAGCACGGCCACGCGAUCUCCUGACGCAGACUUCGGAGAGGAGGUGAUCCUUCAGAAUGGCUUCAGAGUGUUCUUGAAGGAGACGGAUCUGUUCGAGGACGAGAUCUUAGUGAAAGGCCGGCGGUGGGGAGGACUCUCCGAGUUUCAAGAAAGUGGCAUGUUCAGCGGAGGCAUCAGCUGCGAAGCGCAGGUGAACUCCAUGUGCGCGAUGAUGCUUGGCAUUUGCGGAUUGCCAGCCGAAUCCAUGCAGGAGUGCCUUGAGGGUCGGCGAGUUGAUCCGAGCCCACCGAGUAUGGAGGCUUACACCACCUCCUUGGAUGCAUCCUCUUCUCCGGCUGACUUUGAGGUGCUCCUGACCUUGCUGGCGCUGCUCUUCUUGAAGCCGGUGUCGCCAGGUCAGGGCACCUCCGGGAGGCUCUCCUUGGUGAAGCUGGGCCUCCUGGCUUGGCGCUUGGCGGAAGACCGAGAUCCGCAGAGCAAGUUCCGCCGUCGUAUGCAAAGUGCCAUCACCGGCAACCAUCCGUAUACUUGGCUGCCGAGUCUCUGGCGGAUCCUGCGCUUGAACUUCCGGAUCGCCUCCCAGAUCUUCAACGAGCGCGCGUCGAUGCCCCGUGAGUGGACCUUGGUGCUCGUGGGCCGACUGCCACCUCGAAGCGAGCUGCUGCCGCUCUUGGAGACUUAUUUGGGCAGCAUCCCGAAUGGGGAGAGCGGCGCGAGCAGCCAGCGCCCCGAAGAUCUGCAGAUGCGGCAGGCGGUGACUCCUCUAGAAAUCGAUUUUCCAGCCAAAUCAGUGCGAGAAGAUGUGCACUUGCACAUGGUUGAGCCAAAGGGCAGUACGGUUCUGUGCUUCCCACUGCAGAUGGUGUCGGUAUCGGAGGCUAAGUCGGUGGAGGCUUGCUCCGAAGAGCUCCGCGAGCUCAUGCGGCUCCAGCUCAUGGUGCGGCUCCUGGAGACCCGCUUGGUGGAAGUCCUUCGUUUCCAGCGUGGCCAGGUCUACAGCGUGUCCGUGGGCACCGACCUUUCAUUGGCGCCACCGCAAAUGGGCAAACCGCGCCACGGAACAUUGAGCAUCAGCUUCGAGUGUGACCCGGCAGAGUCGGACGAGCUCGUCGCAGCGACACAAGCGGAGUUGGAUUGCCUGAAAGAUGGCUCCACAGAGUUCACGGAAGCAAACGUUGCAGCAGCGCUGGAGCAGGAUUCUCGUGAGUUUGAGGAGCUGAUCCACACCAACGGUUGGUGGGCUGGCACAAUGCUGGACCUUUAUUUCUCCCGUUGCUACGUGGCUUUCGGGGAGAUUGGCAAGCAGGAGAGAGCUGCGCGAUUCUGCAGCCACACCGAGUACGGGGGCCUCGCUGUACUUUGCGUGUACUCCUUCCAGGUUCGGUUCCGCGACAUAGGUGAGAACGGGGGACAAGUCUGCCGAAUCGAUCCACCGCAAGACCAUCGUUGGGGGAUCCUGCUCCCCUACGCAAGUUUGAAGCACUACCUGCACGACGGCGACUUCGGCUUGAUCGUGGUGGUUCGCCACAAGGUGGGCCGAAACGAGCCCGUGAGGCUCACUCACUGGAGGAGGGCCGUGAGAAUCAUGACAGACCGCCACUGCAGCAUGGAACACGCAGUCAAAAGGGUCACGGACAUUCGCAAGCAUCUCGAGCUCCUUGAAGGCAAGUUCGCCACAGCCACGUUUUCGACCUCCUCCAGCACGCGGACGACGGCAGGUGGGGGACCGGAUUCCAAUAACCGCCCCGCCGUCGUGGUCGGUGGAUGGGAUGCUGACCAAAGUGCAAGUGACACGCUUCGCAUGGCUAAAGAGCACAUUGCAAGCCUCGAGAUCGACCUGGACACCGAAGAGGCCUUUGUACCAGGGCUUCGACGUGGCUUCGCCAUUGUGCCGGUGAACAACAGAAGCGGGGAAAGUGACAUGGACUUCAGGGCGGCAAUGAGCGAAAGCCCCGAGCGCCGCAAGCGGGCACAAUUUGCCGGGAAAGUGAAACGUCUUGUUCUUGAACUGGAUGGAGACAAGCGACAGCUAGACGUCGAGUUCGGCACAGGCAACAUCUGGCAUGGGCAAGUGCGAGUUGCUUCCGCUGUCAGUACGGCUCCAAUUGGGGCGGCUUCUACCCGCGUGGGCUGGGUGCACCUUGCCACCAUAGCUAGCCAGAUGGGAGUCUCCGACAGCUCGCUCACGACAAAGUGGACCAAGUCCUCCAACUUCUAUGUGACCUACGCCGAGAACGAAUUCAACCUUUCCACCUUGACUUUGUCCUUUCUUUGCACUGUCCGGGCACCCCACCAUGCAACCAUACUGCUGACAGCGGCAAUCACCGAAGCCUGGAGCUCUCAUGUGCUCAAGUAUGACAAGGCAAUCCUUGGUUGGGACGUGAACGAGACCUUCACGCCGGGCCUCCACCGACCUUGCACUAACUCUACAACUGGGCGCGGGGAACAACUACUGCUAUGGCUGGCAAAGCUUGGAUGGCAAGUCCCAGAGCAGCAGUUGGCAAAACACUCCUUCUUCCCUUACAAUACAGCGAUGCCAUGCCGCCGCCUCGACUACGUCUGCACGCGGAACCUCCAGAACAGAAACGGGGACGUGUUGCAACUCCGGGACUUCGCCAGAAGUGACCACGAACCGGUUUGUCCUCGAGAUCGAGACGAAAGGGCAGCGACAGCAACGCACAGCUCCACGAGCAAAGCCUUGGGGGACAAGACAACUCCGUGGGACGAACGCAAACAAACCUGGAAAACAAUGCAGAAACUACGACGCCGAGAACACAAAGAAUGGAAGACAUGCAAGUUCAACCUGGCCGGCAAGGGCUACUGGAAGUCCAAGAAGGAUGUAGAUGGGGACGGAGGCAACAACUCCUGGGAAUCGGGAACUCAGCCUGAACUCCGCGACCACUUCGACAAGAUCUUCCACAAAAAGCCCAUGGACACCGUGCAAGCAAAGAUAGACGAGGUAUGGCAUCGGUUGACCGUGCAAUGCAAGAAGACGCCAUGGAUCCGUUUUGACCAUGAAGAGCUCAAAGCUGUGAGAAAGAAGUGGAAAAAUGGGAAAUCGUGUGGACCGGACAGCAUAUCGCACGAAGCACUGAAGGGCCGUGGGGGGACAGAAAUCUGGGCCAACAAGCUCCUCUACAUUCUCAAUGACCUUCUCUACGUUGCCAAGUUACCCGAAGCAGUUGAACGAGGCAUUACGGUGCUCUUGGCGAAGAAAGCGACACCAGCCGACUGGAAGGACACACGACCGAUAACCUUGGACCUUCUCACAGUUGAUUAUCCGACGUGUCGCCCAUCAUGUGCAGAUUCCGUCACGAUUGCAAUGGAGUCGACGACACCGUCAAGGCGUAGAACUCAUACUGAUCCUUCGCAAAGUCUGUCGUACGGCCCACCGAUGUUCCUCGCCAAACUUGACAUACGGAAAGCCUUUGACUCAGUGUACCAGGAGGCACUGGCAGAGGAGAUUUCCCGCGAUGUGGGGGACACAGGGGGACAACCUUCUGGGUGUCCCUGCUUCACGCGCAGAAGAUCCACAUUGUCUUCCGAGGGGAGCACUUUGCCGUUCACCAAUCCAACGGCGUGCGGCAAGGUUCUCCAGAUAGCCCAAUAG